AUGCCCGACGCGUGGGCCGCUUCGCCAACUCCCGACGGGCCAACCCCUUGCCCAGUUGCCACCGUUGACACUACCUCCAUCUCUCCUUCAGCCUCGAGUUCCCUCACUCCCGAUGCCCAGAUCGCCGACGACAACAGUCAACUGACACCCGAGGAGGCCGUCUCUGGGCCGCCCCUCGUGCCCGAGGAGAAGCUGACCUUCCACAUGAAGUGGUCGGGGAAGACCUUUGAGCUCGUGCUCAGCUCGAGCGAUCUUUUGUAUGACUUGCGCGCACAGAUCGAACAGCUCACCGACGUGCCCGCAGAGGCGCAGAAGAUCCUGGGACUCACCAAAGUCAAGUUGAGCGCGCAGACAGAAGGGUCGCGUCUCGCCGCCGUCGGGAUUCAGGAUGGGGCGCGCUUCCAGAUGGUUGGCACGCCAGUGCAUCUCCGCUUCAAGGAACGUGUCGGGCCGCCCCCUCCCGACGACGGGAUCGACAUCAACUACCCUGCCCGUGGAUCUGACGGGCGCUUCAUUGCGCCAGCCCAGGAUCCGCGGAACCAACGCAAGGUCGCCGAGCUGGUCAAGAAGUAUCCCAUCACCAUCAUCAACGAGGCACGCCCGGGAAAGCGGCUACUUGUCCUCGACAUUGAUUACACUCUCGUCGACACGCGGCCGCUCAUCGACGGAGCACUCCCACCAAUAGAGUGCGCCCGGCCUGGCCUGCACCUUUUCCUCGAACGCGUAUAUCCGCAUUACGACAUUGUCAUGUGGAGCCAGACGCACUGGCGAUGGCUCGAAACCAAGCUAGUCGAGCUCGGUAUUCUUGGGGGCGAUGCCGCUUACAAGAUCUGCUUCGUGGCUGACCGCACCACCAUGUUCCCGAUCUUCAGCGAACGCUCGGGGCAAAUGAUCAAGCACGAAGUCAAGCCUCUGGCGUACUUUUGGGCGCAGUACCCCGACUGGUCUGCGAAGAACACUAUCCACAUCGAUGACCUUGGUCGCAACUUUGCCCUCAACCCAGGGGAAGGCCUCAAGAUUCGGGCGUUCAAGGGUGCCGGCACGCUCGAGGCCGAGGCCGACCGCGAGUUGGAGAAGCUGGGAGGUUAUCUUGUCGACCUUGCGGAAAUGACUGAGGACUUUACGACGGUCGACCACUCGCGCUGGAAGAAGCGUCGGCGGCGUCGUGAAGGCGAGGGAACAGGGCCGCAGACUGCACGGCAAGGGACCAAUGAGGGUCCGACAGCUUAG